AUGAAAGCGGUUGUGCUAGCCCUGACUCUGGCCUUUGUGGCUGGACAAAAUCCUAAUUUUGCCCCUGAAUUUGCUGCCGGUAAGACCUACGUCUAUAAGUAUGAAGCAUCAAUCCUGGGUGGCCUUCCUGAGGAAGGUUUGGCCAGAGCUGGACUGAACAUCAGCACCAAGGUGUUAAUCAGUGCAGCUGAUCAAAAUACUUACAUCCUGAAGCUUUUGGAACCUGAGCUCUCUGAGUACAGUGGCAUUUGGCCAAAGGACCCAGCAGUGCCAGCAACCAAGUUAACGGCAGCCCUUGCACCUCAGCUUGCGAUUCCAAUCAAGUUUGAAUAUUCCAGCGGUGUUGUUGGAAAAAUAUUUGCUCCUGAAGGAAUCUCGACAUUGGUGCUGAACAUCCACAGAGGCAUCUUGAACAUCCUUCAGCUCAACAUCAAGAAGACCCACAAAGUCUAUGACUUGCAGGAGGUUGGAACUCAAGGUGUAUGCAAGACCCUCUAUUCCAUCAGUGAAGAUGCACGCAUUGAGAACAUCCUUCUAACCAAGACCAGGGAUUUGAACAACUGCCAGGAGAGACUCAUGAAGGACAUUGGGUUGGCAUACACUGAGAAGUGUGUCAAAUGCCAGGAGGAAACCAAAAACCUGAGAGGCACCACUACUUUCAGUUACAUCUUGAAACCAGUUGCUAGUGGUGUCAUGAUCCUGAAGGCAGCCGUUAAUGAGCUGAUUCAAUUUUCACCUUUCUCUGAGGCUAACGGAGCUGCUCAAAUGAGGACCAAGCAGUCCUUGGAAUUCCUUGAGCUCCAGAAAGACCCCAUUCCAUCUAUCAAGGCUGAAUAUCGUGAACGUGGAUCUCUCAAAUACGAGUUCUCCAGCGAGCUUCUUCACACUCCCCUUCAGCUUAUCAAGAUCAGCAAUGCACAGGCCCAGGUAUAG